AUGUCCAACCAAACAGAAGAUACAGAAAACUCACAGAAUACCAGCUCAUCUAGAUUUUUGAGGAAUGUACAACGGUUGGCUCUAAACAACGUAACGAACACAACUUUUCAAAAGAGCAAUGUCAAUAACUCAUCUCUGACGAAUUUCAAAUCCUCAUUGAACUCUGCAAAAAAGGAAGGGAGCCGGAUUCCACAAUUUAGUGUACCAAGGCCAACAGCCCCAUUGGAGGAGAAAAAAAUUAUUCUGACAGAUAACAAGAUCAAUUCACUCCCCAUCAACAAAUCUUCAGAUGAUAAAGAGAACCAAGAUCCAAGCAGUAAAAAAUUCGGCAGCUUGGCUUCUAUAAAAGAGGGAAGCAAUGAAUUGCCUGCUAUUAAAAGUAUACAAAAAUUCACUUCUACUGAGGAGGUGAUCCAACACAAUCCCUUAAAAAGCAUAGGCUCUGGAACUGAUACUGUUAAGAAACCAGUUGAAAAUGAAAAAUUUCAUCCAGCUAGAAAUCAGCUUGAAAUCAGAAACAAAGAAGUUGAAAAUGAUAGUGGCAAGAAAAGACCAAUUUCUACGAUUGUCGAACAAGAAUUACCCAAAAAAUUUAAAGUGUGUGAUGAAAAUGGGAAAGAGGAAUACGAGUGGGAAGAUUUGGAUGCAGAGGACGUCAAUGACCCCUUCAUGGUUAGCGAAUACGUCACCGGUAUAUUCGAAUAUCUUCACCAACUCGAAGUCAUCACUUUACCUAAGAAGGAAGAUCUUUACCAGCACAGAAAUAUCCAUCAAAACCGAGAUAUUCUGGUCAACUGGUUAGUCAAAAUUCAUAACAAGUUCGGCUUGUUGCCAGAGACAUUAUAUCUUGCCAUUAACAUCAUGGACAGGUUUUUAUGCAGAGAGCUAGUUCAAUUAGACAAAUUACAACUGGUGGGUACGUCAUGUCUGUUCAUCGCCUCGAAAUACGAAGAAGUAUAUUCUCCAAGUAUAAAACAUUUUGCCUCAGAGACAGAUGGGGCAUGCACGGAAGACGAAAUUAAGGAAGGCGAAAAAUUCAUUCUAAAGACGUUAAAGUUUAACUUGAAUUAUCCUAAUCCGAUGAAUUUUCUAAGAAGAAUUUCCAAGGCAGACGACUACGAUAUACAGUCUCGAACGCUCGCCAAGUUCUUACUAGAGAUAUCAUUAGUGGAUUUUAGAUUCAUUGGAAUAUUACCUUCAUUAUGCGCCGCCGCUGCAAUGUUUAUGUCAAGAAAAAUGUUGGGCAAGGGCAAAUGGGAUGGCAAUCUGAUACAUUAUAGCGGCGGAUAUACCAAAGAGGAACUUGCCCCAGUAUGCCACAUGAUAAUGGACUACUUGGUCAGUCCGAUAGUUCACGACGAAUUCCAUAGAAAAUAUCAAUCAAGAAGAUUUAUGAAAGCGUCUAUAAUUUCCGUUCAAUGGGCUUUGAAGGUUAGGAAAAACGGCUAUGAUAUAAUGACUUUGCAUGAAUAA